AUGCACGACAAAUACUCAGGGACUUUCCAGCUUAACUGGACUGAACUGCAGGCUGUGUUUACACAGAGCAGAGAGGAGACUGACUGUUCUGUGGAUGAAGAUGGCUACUUCAUGUAUGCUGACUUCUGGUGUUCUAUGCACUCCAGAGAGAAGGAACAAGUGGAGUAUCUGAUCGACUGGUAUUUUAACAAAGAGUUCAGGAUGCAGUACAACAGCACAAUUGGGAAUUGGACGGGCUUAACUCCAGCUGGAAUGAUCGGAGCGUCAGCGCACAAUAACAAGCGCGACCAUCUAGAGAGAAAACUGGAGAGAGAGCUGAUAUGUGUCGAAAACGUUGAAUUAAUAUAUGACGGGACCGAAGAAUACAUGGCCGAGCCCAGCAUCAGUCUGCAGGAGGUGGACGUCGCCUCCGGUCACAACACCAUGCUGGUGUGCAGCGCUUACGACUUCCACCCCAAAUACAUCAAAGUGUCGUGGCACCGCGACGGACAGGAAGUGACUGAGGGCGUGACCGAGAGUGAGGUGUUGAUGAACGGAGCCUGGACCUAUCAGGUUCACUCUUACUUGGAGUACACACCUGGCCAACAGGACCAGAUCAGCUGCAUGGUGGAACACGCCACCCUCAGCGAGCCCAAGAUCCUUCACUGGGACUCGUCCUUGGAUCCGUCUACAAAGAGCUUUCUGGCUGGUGGAGUCUGUGCUUUGCUUUUCGGAGCCAUAUUUCUGUGUUUUGGACUGAUUCGUUACUGGAAGAAAAGCCAUCAUACACAACGUUCAAAUGUCCUGUAACUUUAUAAAUCAUCUCUAAAGAGAGUCAAUGAUGAGUGUUUUCAAUUGGGACUUUUUUGCUCUUAUUUUUCAACCUGAUUGUCAUUAAGAACAGCUUUUUCCGGUGCAGGGCUUUUAAUGCAGGAAAGUGGGUAACAAUAGUAUCA